UGGACAGGUCUGCUGCAGGCUCAUGUGCUCUUGGGCUCCCGGAAGCUGGUGCUCGGCGAGGCGAGCCGAGCGGGGGGAGGCUGAGCACACUCCGACCCGCUCGUUUUCACGCUGCUGUCCUAUAAACUUGUGCUUGUUAGGGGCUCUUUUCUCCCCGUUUUUUAUUAUUAUUUUUCCCCCUCUUUGCCUUCGAAAAGUCUUAGUUCAGGAAGAAUGUUUAAGGGGCAAAAUCUGCCUGACGGUAACUCGAGUGAACUUCCUAAUCACUGAGGGCACCGUUUGAUUCUUGCUUUCCAGAGCGCUUCAAGAGAAAGUUCAUGGAGAGCUGGAAAUUGUGAUUUUUAGCUCGAAGGUCAUCAAGUGUGGGUGUACAGAGCGCUUUCAAAAGCCAGCGUGUUUGGGAAGGUGUGAAGGAGGGUACUGGACAGAGCUGCCCUUGUGCAAAAAAUCUGUGAUUAGUGUCUAUAUCAAAUUGAGAGUCCGGGGAGUGUUUAUUUGUGGUAACAAUAAAGCAUCUUCAGAAGGAACUACUGAAUGUUUUUUGGAGGUAUAAAGAUUGACAAAAACAGCAAAAGGAAGCUAGUGGCUGUAGCUUAAGACUGAAUACAAGAUGACUGGAAAGAUUCUGGAAGUGAAAGCAGCAAAAUGAACUGCUGACAAGGUGAAGAUAAGCUCCUGGAUGAGUACCUCAUAGGAUAAUCAUGGGUCAAACCGGAAAAAAAUCUGAGAAAGGACCAAUUUGUUGGCGAAAACGUGUGAAAUCAGAAUACAUGAGGCUGAGGCAGCUCAAGAGGUUCCGACGUGCAGAUGAAGUAAAGAGCAUGUUUAAUUCUAAUCGUCAGAAGAUACUGGAAAGAACUGAGAUCUUAAAUCAAGAAUGGAAACAACGUAGGAUACAGCCUGUACACAUCAUGACUUCUGUGAGCUCAUUGCGCGGGACCAGGGAGUGCUCUGUUACCAGUGACAUAGAUUUUCCAAAACAAGUCAUCCCCCUAAAGACUCUCAAUGCUGUUGCUUCUGUGCCUAUAAUGUAUUCUUGGUCUCCCCUUCAACAGAAUUUUAUGGUAGAGGAUGAAACUGUUUUACAUAACAUUCCAUAUAUGGGAGAUGAAGUGCUUGACCAGGAUGGUACCUUUAUUGAAGAACUAAUCAAGAACUAUGAUGGAAAAGUGCAUGGAGACAGAGAAUGCGGAUUUAUCAAUGAUGAAAUAUUUGUUGAGCUGGUCAAUGCACUUGGUCAAUAUAGUGAUGAUGAAGAUGACGAUGAUGGAGAUGACAAUCCUGAUGAAAGAGAUGACAAGCAAAAAGAUCGGGAAGGUAACAGGAUAGAGAAAGAAAGCCACCCACCUCGGAAAUUUCCUUCUGACAAGAUAUUUGAAGCCAUUUCCUCAAUGUUUCCAGACAAGGGUACAGCAGAAGAACUGAAAGAAAAAUAUAAAGAACUCACAGAGCAGCAGCUUCCAGGAGCUCUUCCUCCUGAAUGCACACCAAACAUAGAUGGACCAAACGCUAAAUCUGUUCAGAGGGAGCAGAGCCUGCACUCCUUUCACACGCUGUUCUGUAGGCGCUGUUUUAAAUAUGAUUGCUUCUUACAUCCAUUCCACGCAACUCCUAAUACUUACAAACGAAAGAAUACAGAAACAGCACUAGAUAAUAAACCUUGUGGACCGCAUUGUUAUCAGCAUCUGGAAGGCGCAAAGGAGUUUGCAGCUGCCCUGACAGCUGAGCGUAUAAAGACACCACCAAAGCGCCCAGGUGGCCGCCGAAGGGGAAGACUUCCAAAUAACACCAGCAGACCCAGUACACCGACAAUAAAUGUACUGGAAUCAAAAGACACAGAUAGUGACAGAGAAGCUGGAACUGAAACUGGAGGAGAAAAUAAUGAUAAAGAAGAAGAAGAAAAGAAGGAUGAAACAUCCAGUUCUUCUGAAGCAAAUUCUAGGUGUCAAACACCAAUAAAGAUGAAGCCAAAUAUUGAGCCACCAGAGAAUGUGGAAUGGAGUGGUGCUGAAGCCUCAAUGUUUAGAGUUCUUAUUGGCACUUACUAUGACAACUUUUGUGCAAUUGCCAGACUGAUUGGGACCAAAACAUGCAGGCAGGUGUAUGAGUUUAGAGUAAAGGAAUCUAGUAUUAUUGCUCCAGUCCCUGCUGAAGAUGUUGAUACUCCUCCCAGAAAGAAGAAGAGGAAACACAGGUUGUGGGCUGCUCAUUGCAGAAAGAUACAGCUGAAAAAGGAUGGGUCAUCUAAUCAUGUUUACAACUAUCAGCCAUGUGAUCAUCCACGUCAGCCUUGUGACAGCUCAUGCCCGUGUGUGAUUGCUCAAAAUUUCUGUGAGAAGUUUUGUCAGUGCAGCUCAGAAUGCCAAAACAGGUUUCCUGGAUGUCGUUGUAAAGCACAAUGCAACACUAAGCAGUGUCCAUGUUACCUAGCUGUACGUGAAUGUGAUCCUGAUCUCUGUUUAACGUGUGGAGCAGCUGACCACUGGGACAGCAAAAAUGUUUCUUGCAAGAACUGCAGUAUUCAGAGAGGAUCCAAAAAACACUUGCUAUUGGCACCUUCAGAUGUGGCAGGCUGGGGAAUUUUCAUCAAAGAUCCUGUACAGAAGAAUGAAUUCAUUUCUGAAUACUGUGGUGAGAUUAUUUCUCAGGAUGAGGCAGACAGAAGAGGAAAAGUAUAUGACAAGUACAUGUGCAGCUUUCUGUUUAACUUGAAUAAUGAUUUUGUGGUUGAUGCAACACGCAAGGGCAACAAAAUUAGAUUUGCAAACCAUUCAGUAAAUCCAAAUUGCUAUGCAAAAGUUAUGAUGGUUAAUGGUGAUCACAGAAUAGGUAUAUUUGCUAAGAGAGCCAUUCAGACUGGUGAAGAGCUGUUCUUUGACUACAGAUAUAGCCAAGCUGAUGCCCUUAAAUAUGUGGGCAUUGAAAGAGAAAUGGAAAUCCCUUGACACCAGCUACCUCUUCUUUUAAACAAACAGCUGCCUUAUCUUCAGGAAUUUCUAGUACUGUGGGCAAUUUUAGAAAAAUAAAAUGAUGCAAUUUGAAAUUCUGAAUUUGCAAAGUACUGUAACAGUAAUUUAUAGUAACAAAUUUAAAAAACAACUUUUUAUUGCCUUCUCACCAGCUGCAAAGUGUUUUGUACCUAUGAACUUUUGCAAUAAUGUGGUGUGGUACAUUUUUCAACCUUGAAAAUAAAGGAUACUUGAACUUCUUCA